AGGCCCCGCUCUGGUUGGCUAAUCUUCCUUUCAUUUCAACACCCGCUUUUGCCUCCGAGCGAGCCCUAGGGGUUUCAGACAGGUGUGAUGGACGUUAUAACGUUGGUACUGUCUCUGGUUGUCUUGGCUAUUUCAGCGCAUCUUUUAUUUGCGGGAAAUUAUCCAAAUGCUCCACCAUGCAUUAAAGGAUGGAUCCCCUGGUUUGGUGUGGCAUUCGAGUUUGGGAAAUCUCCGCUGACUUUCAUAUCUCAAGCCAGAGAUAAGUAUGGACCUGUCUUCACUGUUGUUGCGGCUGGCAAGCGAUUGACCUUUGUGACCCUUCAUGAAGACUUUCGCACAUUUUUCAUGUCCAAAGAUGUGGAUUUUGAGCAGGCAGUCCAAGAGCCUGUCCAUAACACAGCUUCCAUCAGCAAGGAGAGUUUUUAUAAGUUCCACCCAGCAUGCAACACUCUGAUCAAGGGCCGUCUGACCCCAGGCAAUGUGGCUCAGCUGACUGACCACUUGUGUGAAGAGUUCAACGACCACCUGGAGACGCUGGGGGACCAGGGCUCUGGGGGACUCAACGAGCUGGUCAGGGCCGUAAUGUACCCUGCUGUGAUGAGUAACCUACUGGGGAAGUAUAACUCUCCAGGCAGUCCCUUUACCAUGGAGCAGUUCAAGGAGAAGUUUGCCAUCUACGACGAGGGCUUUGAGUACGGCUCCCAGCUACCAGACAUGUUCCUCAGGGAAUGGGCCAGUUCCAAAUGCUGGCUUCUGUCUCUAUUGGGGAACAUGGUGGUCAAAGCAGAGGAUGACGAGACAUCCAGUGAAUCAGGCAACAGGACGUUACUGCAACACCUUGUCACCUUAAUCACAGAUAAAUUCCUGCCCAACUAUGGAUUACUGAUGUUAUGGGCAUCGCUUGCCAAUGCAAUUCCAAUUACCUUCUGGGCUGUAGCCUUCAUCUUGUCCAAUCCCACAGUUUACCAGACAGCCAUGGAGCAGAUCAGUGCAGCACUCAAAGACCAAGACACCAGGAAGACCAAGGUGACCGCUGAAGAGCUGCAACAGAUGCCCUAUGUGAAGUGGUGCAUCCUGGAAGCCAUCCGGCUUCGGGCCCCUGGAGCCAUCACACGCAGAGUGGUCCGACCCCUCAGGAUACAGAACUACAUCAUUCCACCAGGGGACUUGUUAAUGGUGUCUCCUUACUGGGCCCAUCGGAACCCACAUUACUUCCCUGAACCAGAGGAGUUCAAACCGGAACGAUGGGAGAAGGCAGAUUUAGUAAAGAAUGUCUUCUUGGAAGGGUUUGUGGCAUUUGGAGGAGGCCGAAACCAGUGCCCAGGAAGGUGGUAUGCCAUAAUGGAACUCCACAUGUUUGCUGCCUUGAUUCUCUUCAAGUAUGAUGUCACUCUCAUGGACCCGUUGCCUAAACCUAGCAAUCUCCAUCUGGUAGGGACCCAACAGCCUGAGACUCCCUGCACAGUGCAGUACAGACACCGGUAGAGCUGACCUGCCCUGCCAAGCAAUGCCACACAAGGGCACUGUGCUCUACAGUCCUGUCCAAACACCUGCCAAAUAGUUUUUUAUCAAUGGAGCCACUUUCAGGAAGUUAUUUAAAGAGCUUAGUUAAAAAAGUUGUAUAUUUUAAAGAACUUAUCUAGAACUUAUAUAAUGAUACUACUUCUGAAAAUGCAGGAGAUGGUGGAACCGUUUUCAAAUGAAUUGGUCUUUCCCUUUUUAUUAUUUUUACCCAACCAACAGUGUUUCUAACCGUACAUUCCCUUCCUGCCCAGUCCAACAGCUGAUUAUGGAUUUGUACAGACAUUGAUCAGUAUUUUGUGAUGUAAUAGAAUAUAAUCUGAUAGAUUCUGACCCAUACAGAAAAUAUUCACUGCACGUGGCAUCAGUAUGAAACCUGUAUUGUAUUUAUGCACUAUUAUUACUAUGUACUGACCAUUUUAUAUAUGGCAUCAUACCUCACUUUAUGAACAAAGUCUGAGGUUGCUUUGCCUCAAUAUAGGCCUACUAGAUCUGGCUUGUCUUAAUAAAGGGUUAAAUGAA